AUGGAUGUGCCGUUUGAUGCACUGACAACUCCCUCCAUGGCAUCUACACGUCAGGAUACAAAAGUGGUGCAAGGUAGUGUGUUGGCAAUCACUGACAAUGUCGUGGUGUUACUGGAUGAAGUUUUGAAUGCUGUAAGAAUGGUCAAGAAGGAGGUGGUUCAGGAUUUUAAUCCUUUGAUCAUCAAUCAAGGUGCAUCACUAAGUUCUUUGGCAGUGGAUUCAUCAUCCACUGAUUUUGUGAUAUCCAUGUGUAAGUCAUCAGAUUUUCCUGGUGAUAAGCUGCUGGAGGAAUUGUCACGGGUGUUGAAGCCUGGUGGAGAAAUCUUUUUCCAUCACACUUGUGAUGUUGCUGCUGCCAAGGAGACAGUAAUGCAUCUGAUUAGUAUCUUAAAGCAGAGUCAUGAUGGAUGGAGUUGAAUAUGUUAAAAAAGAUGAAAAGGGUGACCCAUCAGCUAAAAAAGAUUCACAUAUGUUAGAUGAUUUGGACCUCCAUGCACCUGAUACUUUGGAUUCAGCCUUAGGUAUUUACAUACAUUGACAAUUUUAUCACCAUAUUUUUGGUUGUUUGUAUAGUAGAUGACAACAAUUUUCUAUGCAGAGGUGAGCC